AUGGUACGUGUAGAGGUGAGAGUUCUCAUCUGCCGGAACUACCGCGGCGAUGUGGACAUGUCAGAGGUGGAGCAUUUUAUGCCAAUCCUUAUGGAAAAGGAAGAAGAGGGGACGCUUUCUCCUAUUCUAGCACAUGGAGGAGUCCGUUUUAUGUGGAUUAAGCAUAACAACCUGUAUCUUGUGGCAACUUCGAAGAAAAAUGCUUGUGUAUCGCUGGUGUUUUCGUUUUUAUAUAAAGUAGUUCAGGUUUUUUCUGAAUAUUUCAAGGAGUUGGAAGAAGAGAGCAUUAGGGAUAAUUUUGUUAUUAUUUAUGAGUUGUUAGAUGAGCUUAUGGAUUUUGGUUAUCCACAAACCACUGAUAGUAAGAUUUUACAAGAGUACAUCACUCAGGAAGGUCACAAACUUGAAACGGGAGCUCCCCGUCCGCCUGCCACUGUUACAAAUGCUGUUUCGUGGAGAUCAGAAGGGAUAAAAUACAGGAAAAAUGAAGUGUUCCUGGAUGUUAUAGAGUCUGUUAACCUUUUGGUCAGUGCCAACGGAAACGUAUUACGGAGUGAGAUAGUGGGAUCCAUUAAAAUGCGAGUCUUUCUGUCGGGAAUGCCAGAGCUGCGCCUUGGUUUAAACGACAAAGUUCUCUUUGAUAACACAGGCCGUGAGUAUUUCGGUGGCAAAAGUAAAUCGGUAGAACUGGAAGAUGUGAAGUUCCACCAGUGCGUCCGUCUCUCUCGCUUUGAAAACGACAGGACGAUUUCUUUCAUUCCGCCCGAUGGAGAGUUUGAACUCAUGUCGUAUCGUCUCAACACCCACGUAAAACCACUGAUCUGGAUUGAGUCUGUGAUUGAAAAACAUUCCCACAGCCGCAUCGAGUACAUGAUCAAGGCAAAAAGUCAAUUUAAGCGUAGAUCAACUGCCAACAAUGUGGAGAUUCACAUUCCGGUCCCAAACGAUGCGGACUCGCCAAAGUUUAAAACCACUGUGGGAAGUGUCAAAUGGGUUCCAGAGAACAGUGAAAUUGUCUGGUCCAUUAAAUCUUUUCCAGGUGGAAAAGAAUACCUGAUGAGAGCUCACUUUGGACUUCCAAGUGUUGAAGCUGAAGAUAAGGAAGGAAAACCUCCCAUUAGUGUCAAGUUUGAGAUUCCAUAUUUCACCACUUCAGGAAUCCAGGUUCGCUACUUAAAGAUAAUCGAGAAGAGCGGCUAUCAGGCCCUCCCGUGGGUUCGUUACAUUACCCAGAAUGGAGACUACCAGCUUCGAACACAGUAAAGCACCUCGCAAGCACCACAGAUGACAACACUUCAGGCCUAGAAUUUGUUUGCAGAAGCUUCUGUGGUACUGAGAGCUGUGAAUGUUGUUGCCAAGGGUCUUGUUUCUGCAAUCUUGGAUUGGCAGGAGAAAGAUUGGAAAUUUUACUGUUUUCAAUAAUGUGUUUGAGCAUUUGAACCAUUAGUAUUGAUUGUGUGAAUAUUUAUUUCAUUCUUAGAACAUGCUGAUCUUGCUGCUAAAUGCUGAUUACGUUAGGAGUAGCAGUUACCUUGAGGAGCCAGGAAUACACAAUGAACCUUGAGAAUGUCUUGUCAAUGCCUUGUCCGUUCGUAGUGUUCAUAUUUUAGGGUCUCUAAAGACAUUUGGCAGCAUUAUGCUAGAAAUUAGGGAGACGAUUGUGCAAUUAAAUGACUGCUGAACACUUAGUUGUAUUUA